CUGAUUCUUCUUAGUUAAUUUGUCAAUGGCCGGAAGUAGAAGCAAAGACCCGAAACCGAAUUCAGAACCCGACCCAGCUUCCAAAAAAGUCAGGGGAUUGACCAUUGAAGGUUACCCAAUUGAAGGUUUGUCCAUUGGCGGCCAUGAAACCUGCAUAAUCUUCCCAAGUCUCAACCUUUCCUUUGAUAUUGGUCGCUGCCCGCAGCGUGCUAUUUCGAAGGACUUCCUCUUCAUCUCCCACGCCCACAUGGAUCACAUUGGAGGAUUGCCCAUGUAUGUUGCAACCCGUGGGUUAUACAGUAUGAAGCCCCCGACGAUAAUUGUACCAAAGUGUAUAAAAGAACUCGUGGAACAACUUUUUGAGGUGCACAGAAAAAUGGACCAGUCGGAGCUGAAGCAUAACCUUAUUGGCUUGGAUGUUGGAGAAGAAUUCUUUAUGAGAAGGGAUCUCAUUGUAAAAGCCUUUAGGACUUACCAUGGAAUACCGAGUCAGGGUUAUGUAGUAUACUCCGUAAAACAAAAACUUAAGCAGGAGUACCUUGGCCUUUCUGGGAAUGAAAUUAAAAACUUGAAAUCAUCAGGUGUUGAGAUUACAAACACUUUUACAGAACCUCAAGUUGCUUUUACAGGAGAUACCAUGUCGGACUUCAUAACAGACAGUAGUAAUAUUGAUGUGCUGAAGGCAAAGAUUCUUGUUGUGGAGAGCACCUUUGUAGAUGACUCGGUUACAGUGGAGCAUGCCAGAGACUACGGACACAUACAUCUAUCUGAGAUAAUUAGUCAUGCAGAGAAGUUUGAAAACAAAGCAAUUCUUCUUAUUCACUUUUCCGCUCGAUACACAGUACAGGAAAUUGAACAAGCUGUGUCAGCAUUGCCUGCUCCUUUAGCAGGCCGAGUUUUUGCACUUACAGAAGGUAUUUGAUGGCAAAGCUAGUCAGCUGCUUUGGUCUUUUCAUGAAAUCAAUUUUGGCAACUUAAAUGUCUGCACUGAAGACAAGCAUAUGGCACGAGAAACCUCUGAUGCAGGCGGAUCUUCAGCAUCGUGGUAUGCUGACACAAGAUCGAGAAAUGAGUACAAGAACACAUAGUUAGGCAAUCCAGCCUAUUCGGGUUUUUAUUUGCUUAUCGGGUGUUCCUCUUGUAUAAAUCCCAUGUAUUUCAGUAGCUUCUCUUCCCCUUAUUGAUCAAAAUUAAAGAGCUGGGCUAGCCAUUGCUGAUUUGUAGCCAUACUCAAGUUCAUUGAUCUUAUAUAUUAAUUUUAGAUUGUUUUAAGGGUAAAA